GUCAAAAUCAAGAAUGUGACUUAAUGCAUGUUAUACUGCAUUUAUUAUAGAAUUUAUGCUUUGUAAGACAACACAACUUUAGUGCGAUGUGGGUGUUGGCUCGCACUCAGCACGUCAUCUAUGUUAAUAAGCUAAAGCGGAAGUACAUCUAGUGGUUUAAGAACCUGAUAUCUGACUUCUGCUCACUCACAACUGAGGAACGGCUUCUUUCAAGACGACGUCCGUCUUCACUAGAGAUCAGAGGAGCAGAUAUGAGUUUAAGUGCAGCAGUGAGUGGAUUUGUCGUCUUCCUUCUCUCUGUGUCAGUGAUACAGGGUCAGGAUGACUGGGGAGUGACUUACAGCUCUACUGAGAUCUGUGCCUUCAAAGGAUCAACAGUGAACAUGAGCUGCACCUACAGAUACCCAUCUACUGUACAGAGAGUAGAGAACAGGUUCUGGUUCAGGACAGUGCAGAAUGAGAAUUAUGUGGAUCUGAAAAAUGAGCCAGGAUAUUCAGGUCGUGUGCAGUAUGACUGUAUUAACAAGGACUGCAGUCUGAGAAUCACAGACCUGAGAGAGAGCGACUCAGCUGAGUACAAGUUCAGGUUCAUAACAAACCAACCAGGUGGGAGAUACAUUGGUUCACCUGGAGUCACUUUGAGGGUCACAGAUCCAGAUCUCCAGGCGCAGGUGAGCCGAUCCUCACAUUCUAGCUGGAGAGACCUGAAGUGUCACAGCAGUUGUCGUCUACCUGAUCGUUCUUCCUACAUCUGGUACAGAAAUGGACAGAAAAUUCCAUCACAAACAUCUUCUACUUAUUCAAACUACUUUAAUUAUGCAGACAGUUUUUCCUGUGCUGUUGAAGGACAUGAGGAUUUCCCCUCUCCUCCAGUGUGUGUUGAAUAUAAAACCUGCAACAGAGUGAUUUACACUGACAGAAGCAUCUGUGCCUCCAAAGGAUCAUCAGUGGACAUUUCUUGCACUUACAGCAGUUAUUACACCAUCAGGUCUAAAUUCUGGUUCAGUCCUGAACGUUCUCAUCAGUGGCAGAGUCCUUCACAGCCUGAGGACCUUAGUGACUCCCAGUUUGCAGGUCGUGUUCAGGUCCUUGAAUCAGAGAGAGGACGCUCCACUCUGAGAAUCACUGACCUGACAGAGAGUGAUUCAGCUCAGUAUCACUUUACAUUCACAACAGGAAGCUUUGAGUGGAGGAGUAGUUUACCUGGUACAACUCUGACUGUCACAGCUCUGCAGGUGCAGGUGACCAGAAUAACAGUCCACCAGUCUGAUACUGAGGCAGAGCUGAAGUGUCACAGCAGCUGCAGUCCAGCUGCUCGUCUUUCCUACGUCUGGUUCAAGAACAGACAGAAAGUCACAGGGGUGGAGACAUCUUCUUUUAAAGGCCGGGUUUAUCCUGGAGACAUCAUCUCUUGUGCUUUGAAAGGACAUGAGAACUACGGCUCUCCUCCAGUCUAUGGUCCAAGACUUCCCUCUGUGUCAGUGAGUCCCUCUGCUGAGAUAGUGGAGGGCAGUUCAGUGACUCUGACCUGUAGCAGUGAUGCUAACCCAGGAGCUAAUUACACCUGGUACAAGGAGAAUGAAGACUCACCAAAAGCAUCAGGACAGAUCUUCACCAUCACUGACAUCAGAGCUGAACACAGUGGGAAUUAUUCCUGUGAAGUCCAGAACAGAAGAGGAAGAAACAAAACCAGCGUACAUCUGACUGUUCUGGCAGUGAAUUCAACAAAGAUAAUGAACAUCAUCAGGUUGACUCUGGUGGUCUUCAUGCUGAUUCCUCUUCUUCUCCUGAGUCUGUGGAUGAGGAAGAAGAAAACUCUGAGCUCCACCACUGAACCACAAGAACCUGUCGAGAUGAUGGAGUUGGACUCUCGUCCUGAGUAUGAGGACGUCUCAGACUUCACUGCAGCACAGACAGAAGACACAGAGCAGCAGGAAGACAUGCUGUGAAGUCCAGUCAGAUGCAGCUGAACCAGAGGCAGGACUCACCUGAUGGACACAAAGAAGGACCACAUUGAACUAUGACAGAGGAGAGCGAGGCUGUGGAGGAUGUGGGGGAAGUGGACACAUUUACCUUCAGCUCCAAAAGUUUUCAUGUUGAGUUUUCAGUAGCAGCAGCAGGUAGGAGUCAGCAGCACAGACAGUCAGCAGCAGCAUGUAGCAGGAAGUUUAGAAGAACGUGGAGUCGGCAGCUUCAGCUGAAUCAUGUCCAGGUGUCAGACAUGAUUUAUUGUUCAGAUCAGCUUAAUGCUUAAACUGUGAGAGCUUAUUUUAACCUGUACAGUCAGUUAUAUUAUAGACAUUGAUGAGAUGUUAAACAAAAUGUAUUUUUAAUUCUACAGAAUAAUAAAUAAUAUCUGUGAUCA